AUGGGCGGUGUUCCUCCUGAAAGCACGACCGGUCCCCAACCCGCUCCAAUCAGUACGUCGAGGGGAGAUACGAGCGCGGCCUUCGAUGGAGCUGCGGCCCCCUCUACAGACUCUGGCUAUGGCAGCGCGUCACUGACGCCGCAGCCCCUCGAAAAGACCCCCAAGCCAUGUGAUGUUGACGGCGGCGGCAGCGCAGGCCGAGUGCUGUUUAUCCCCGCCGGCAGUGGCAACUUGAAAGAGUUCAACAAGCCGGUCGACGCAGCAACCAUAGCUCGGUUCAGAGAUGUCCUCGAACGGGUUGAAACGCCGUUGCUCCGCCACCUGGAAAAGCGCUCAGUAAAGCGUGAACCGAUGGCGCUGAGGCUGAUGGUACUGGGGCGCACGGAAGAAACCGCCAAAGCCUGGAUUGUGGUAUUGUGCCACGAGACUGGUGCCAAACGGGCCCGAAAGUACUUCGAACAACAACAUGCGAAGGACGUCAUCCGACCAAAGGACUCAUCCAUCCCUUCCUUUGACGUUUUGGUGGUGGGCCAGUCUCCGAAGACCAGAGGCGCUGCUAUCGAGGUCUAUAGAGGGGAUCCGGGGGCUUUCCCUGCUCUGAGCACAACACUCUGUGGCGCACCGAUCAAGCUUGUCAAUGACACUGAGUACCAGCUCGGAACCUGUGGGGGUCUCAUCAAGCUGACCUCCCACAAUGGUGAUUAUGCUUUGUACGGUAUGACUGCCCGCCACCUAACAGAUCGAUUGGAAGGUAUAGAUCUUCCGGACUCAGCGGCAAUUGCGGACGACAGCGAUCGCGACAGCGACCAUUGGGCCCUCGAGGACGAAGAUGAAGACGAGGACCUCGGCGACCCUGGCAACCCGUUCGACGCAAGCGGGCCUCCUGUACUCGGGCCGGCCUGCGGCCUUGACGAACGGCCACUCUCUGGGGACCCGUCGCCGGGGCCUGAGUCGUGGAACAGGAUCGGACAGAUCAUUGCUCCAAACGUUACGGAAUCUCCUCGGAACCCACAGGACUGUGACUGCGCACUGAUUCGCAUUGAAGACCAGCAUGAGUUGUACCCAAACCUCCUCGGAGGUUUGAUAGGCGAUCGCCACUACCGCGCAGGGGACUUCAAAGUGGGCGCGGUUGAUCUUAUGGAUUCAGCAACACUCUCAGUCGUCAUGAAUAGUGGCGUGCAAGGAAUCCAGUCCGGAGUGAUGUCCUCUCUGCCCUGUCGAGUCUGGCUAUGUUAUGGCAGAGACUUUGUGGACGUGUACACCUUGAACUUGGAAAAUGGCGCCGAAAUUCGUGACGGCGACUCGGGGUCCUGGAUCCUCAAUCCAUCUCGGCUUGAAGUCUACGGACAUGUCGUCGCCUCUGAUAUCUUUGGAGCAGGUUAUGUUAUCCCCAUGACUCGUAGCCUGGAAGAUAUCCGACAGAUAUUCGACAUGGCCUCAGUCGAGCUCCCAACUCUAGUGGAUGUAGCUUGCAAGGCAUUGUCGACGGACUCUCUGGACGACGAAUAUGCGGAUUCAGCGGUUCUUGCCUCAUCUUCUCGAACACCAAACCGCCCUGUCAAGGACGAUUUUGAAGCCGAAGAAGCCCCUGACGUUAAGCCCCCAUUUUCCUCCCCAACGGCGGCGGACCACCCAACCAUAGCGGCCACCGUCUACUCACCACAAGACUCAGGCUAUGUAUCUUAUCAGCCUUCUGCGAGGGCGUCUCUGAGAACAAUGCCUUGUAGCAGGCGCGGAACGCCUAAAGCGCCAAGAAUGGGGACGAAAAGAGAGUCGAAGCCCAGCACGACGACUGAUGAUCCAGAAGACCUUCUAGGCUUGAGGGCGUAUUUCGAGUUUGACGACGAUGAUACUUAUGACUCAAUUUUCGAGGACAUGAUAAACCCAGAGGAUCCCGGGCAGACGCCUACUUAG